AUGGCAGCAGCAGCAGCACGAAGGAACGAAGAAGAAGGAACUGGGGACGCCUUCAGCCGCCUCUUUGAUCUCUGCUUGGAGGCCUUCUUGCUGCGGCAUUCAACUCUAUUGUCAGAAGACUGCAGCAGCAGCAGCAGCAGCAGCAGCAGCAGCAGCAGCAGCAGCAGCGGCGGCACAUUCCAGCUGCCGGUGGAUCUGCUGCAGCAGCUACAAGACGACACAGGCAUCUCUAUCGAUGCCGUCGCAGCAGAAGCUGCCCCCACCAACAGCAGCAGCAGCAGCAGCAACAGCAGCAGCAGCAGCAGCAGCAGAGAGCAGGAGGAUGCAUGGAGCCUAAACUUGUAUCGUUGUUUGCUGCUGCUGCACAAGGUGUACAGACAGCUCAGAUUUAUAUCUCCCAAUGAGUCUGCCGAUGACAUUUCUACGUCUGUAUUGAGGUAUCUGCUGCUGCCGUACUGCCUGGGGCUGAUGAGCCUAGAGAGGCGGGGGCAGCUGCAGGAGCGCCCCCAAACCCUGCGCGAGGCCCAGCUGUAUCUAAUAGAAUAUCUGCAUGGGCUUGAGUGUGCUGAGCUGCUGACGAAGGAAGAGCAGCAGCGGCUGGAGGGGAGCCUAGAAGCAGCAGCAACACCCAGCAGCAGAAUGCCAAUGCCUUACUCUUAUAUCAAAGAUCCUGCUGCUCGCAGGUCUGCUGCUGCUGCUGUUGCUGCUGCUGCUGCUGCUGCUGCUGCAGAUGAUGAUGAUGAUGCCGGUGGUGGUGGUGGUGGUGGUGGUGCUGCUGCUGCUGCUGGGGGGGGGAGGGCUGCUGAUGAUGUGGUUGCGGUUGAGGAUACUGUGGUGCUGACGAAGCUGAUAGAAGAAGCAAAGGCAGAGAAGGAGCUCAACGCCUCUGUUAAGGUAACAGCAGCAGCAGCAACAGCAGCAGCAGCAACAGCAGCAGCAACAACAGCAGCAGCAAGAGCAACAGCAGCAGCAGCAGCAGCAGAUGCAUGA